GGCGUGAGCAGUGACGGUACCCACGUGAUAUGCCUGCUUUUUUGUGAUUCGUUUCUUCUCUAGUAUAAUUGACUUCUCUGUCAACGACGGCAUAACCUCAAAUAAACCACGCAAGACGCAAUCGUUCGAAGGAAAAGAAAGCAUAAUAUUUAGGUAGUGUUAAUUUGUUAUUACUUCCCGAUUCGGUGGCACUUGUGAACUGUGCUGAGGAUGCAACUCCUUUUUGAUGCCUUCAUUGGGUAACAAAUUCUUCCAGCUUCCUUUCUCUAGAAUAUCCGCAUAUCUGAAAGUCCCUCAACAAAACAUGUACAAUUUGUUAAAACCUCCAGAAGCGGUACUGGGCAUGACUGUUCUCAAAAGAGAGUUAUUCGACAAAGUCGUAGAAGUGCCAGUGCUUAUUUUGAAAGAUAUCAAGUUAUCUUCUGUAGUGCCUGUAUUGAAAAAGUAUUUACUGAAGGUGGAAAACCUGAAACCGAUUCAACAUGCUACCAAAGAAGUUCUGAUUUAUUUGAAUCCUCUUAUUGUAAAACAAUGGGAUGAUAUUUCUGAAGAUGACAGGCAAAAGUUAUUUCAUGAAGCCAUUAAAAAAGAUUGCUUGAAAAACAUACCAUAUACUUUCAACUAUGAUAACUUCUCUGCUGAGGAUAUUCUACGUGCUGUACUUCCUCCAGAUAAAGAAGGUUUAUCCAGUUUUACCAAAGUGGGACAUAUAGUUCAUGUCAACCUAAGGGAACAUCUGUUACCAUACAAAAACGUAAUAGCCAAAAUCUUGUUUGACAAAGUACCAGGCUGUAGAACCGUAGUUAAUAAGGCGAACAUCAUUGAUAAUACAUACAGAAACUUUGAAAUGGAAGUUCUUACAGGCGAUCCAGAUAUGUUGACAACGAUAAAAGAGAACAAUUGCCGGUUUAAAUUUGACUUCUCUAAGGUGUACUGGAAUUCUCGAUUGUGUACAGAACAUGAAAGAAUUGUAAAGAAGCUUCAAGGGGGUGACAUUUUAUUUGAUGUUUUCGCUGGAGUUGGUCCGUUUGCUGUACCUGCAGGGAAGAAAAAAUGCACGGUGUUUGCAAAUGAUUUGAAUCCUGAGAGUUUCAACUGGCUGAAAUAUAACUUUGAAGAAAACAAAGUUAAUAAGACUCAUUACAAUUUAUACAAUAAAGACGGGCAUGAUUUCAUUAAAGAUGAUGUAAAGAUGCAUUUACCAAAAUUUCUUGAAAGUGGUAAAAAUGUUUAUAUCACCAUGAACCUUCCUGCAAUGGCACUGGAAUUUUUGAACGACUUUGUUGGACUAUUCAAAAAUGAAACACUGCCAGAAUAUUCGAAGCCACCAUUGAUUUACGUCUACUGUUUUGCAAAGGGUGAAGAUUAUAUGGAAAUAACAAAAAACAAAAUCAAAGAAACCGUCAGUUAUGAUCUAAGCGAUAAAAUUGUUGAUAUAUUUAGAGUGAGAAGUGUUAGCUCUUUGAAAGAAAUGAUGAGAGUCACUUUGAGGUUAGAGAGAGAUAUUCUAAUUGCUGACAGAAAAAGGAAGCUGGAUGAUGAUUCUAGUGAAGUUGAAAAUAAAAAAGCUAUUCUAGGUGUGUUGACAUUAUGGUGACAACAAUGGGAAAGAACAAGAAGAAACCAAGUAAUGUUUUCAAAGUAGCUGGAGCUAAGAGCCAGAAAUUGAAAGCAAAAGCUAGGGCUGAGAAGACAGGAUUGAAACAUAUUAAUAUGAAGAACAAACAUGACGUACAAGAAAUUGAUAAGGCGCUAAUGAAUUUAGAAGAUAAAAUAAGGCAAACAGCUCCACCCGUUAAAAACGUUGAGAAAGUAGCUAAAUCUAAACUACCUACCACCGACAUUGAAGAUGCUCAAGCCCUCAAAGACAAGUCGGAAGCAGCAAUGCAGGGCUUGGAUAAUAUGCAGUUGUAAUUGUUUUGUAAAUGUUUUUUGUACAUAAUAUAUUAUAAGUUUUUUAAUCCAGUUAUUUUUUCAUUGGAAACCUAUCAUGUACCUAUUAUUUCAUAAUUAAAGCUCAUUUAGUCCUUAACUAGUAAA